AUGAGGGAAGGAAAUCUUGUACGCCUCGUCCGCGCUUUCGUUGUGAGCCGGCUGGCAUGCGUCCUUCCCUUCCUACGGCUCGGGGUGGCGGAGAAAGCCAAACUUGACUGCUUGAUUAGGAAGGCCUACAAGCGAGCACUUGGCAUCCCGGAUUCUACGUCAAACGAAAAGCUGGCGGCGCUGGGCCUACAUAACACCGUGGAAGAGAUCGUCGAGGCGCAACGGACGUCUCAGCUCGAACGGCUAACAAAGAGCGCGACCGGGCGCCACAUUCUUGAAAACCUGGGCAUCCGCUACGAAAGACAAACGGGCGAGAAAAUAGACGUGCCGAGACGGGUCCGGGAGAAGCUUACCAUCCCAAACCUGCCACGUCACAUGCACCCCGUGCACCAUGUGGAGCGACGAACGGCGAGAGCCAAGGCCCUUCGAAGACUACUACAGAAGGAAGAGGGCGUCUACUACACGGACGCUGCGAGGUACGACAGGGAUGCCAUGGCCGCAGCCGUGGUUGACAAGCAAGGGAAGAUCGUUGCGAGCUGCAGUGUCCGGACGACAGAACCGGAGGUAGCCGAGGAAGUGGCCAUCGCUCUGGCACUCAAGCUGCAAGACGCUAAAAUCAUUGUCAGCGAUUCACAGAUGGCGAUUCGCCAAUACGCCAAGGGACGGAUCUCGCCGGUUACGCUUCGAGUACUAGGUGAUCCUGAAAAGACUGCGAAGGUGAAGCUGAUCUGGACUCCAGCACACUCGUCGCUCCCCGGCAACGAGGAGGCUCACGACGCGGCCCGAGGUCUCACUCGCCGGGCCGGAGCAACGUCGGACCCCUCCAUCGAAUCGUCGACGGGGGGCGACAGACUGGUUACGUUCCGAGACAUCCUCGAUCAUUACGCCGGCGAAAGGAUGCGAACACCUGAGGUACCUUCCGGUGUCGUCUCCAACGGCAUCCAUGUCCAACCCGUCGAAGAUGAUGCACUUAUCAUGGGGCCACAUGUCAAGCAGUUCCCUUACCUGCAGAAUAUUUUGCGGGUGUAA